UUAAAUAUAUAAUAAAAGAAGAAGUACAUAACCUUAAAUCCUCUCGAUAUGAUUAUUAAACGUAUUUCGGAAAAAAUACCUACAACAAUUGUUAUUGGUUCAUCAUUAAUUGGAGGUUUUGGAUUAGUUUGUUUAAUAAAGGAGUUUGUAGGGGGUCCUAGAUACCAAGGUGUGGAUACUUCUGAUGCAGAAAACAAAGUUAUCAUUAUAACUGGCGCUAAUACUGGAUUAGGGAAAGAAACUGCUUGGGAACUAGCAAGAAGGAAAGCGAAAGUAUAUAUGGCUUGUCGAGAUAUACAAAAAUGUGAAAUUGCUAGAAAAGAAAUCGUUUUGGAUACGAAAAAUAAAUAUGUUUAUUGUCGACAAUGCGAUUUAGCAUCGUUAGAUUCUGUGAGAAAAUUUGUGGAAACUUUUAAAUCGAAAGAGAAGAGACUUGAUGUUUUGAUCAACAACGCAGGUGUUAUGAGAACUCCUAAUUCAAAAACGAAAGAUGGGUUUGAGAUGCAGCUUGGCGUUAAUCAUAUGGGACACUUUUUGUUAACAAACUUAUUAUUAGAUAUGUUAAAAGAAUCAGCACCAAGUAGAAUAAUAAACGUUUCCAGCGUAGCUCAUAAAAGGGGGAAAAUCAAUAAAGACGAUUUGAAUAGUGAAAAAAAUUACGAUCCAUCUACCGCUUAUGCGCAAAGCAAAUUAGCAAAUAUUCUAUUCACGAACGAAUUAGCAAAAAGAUUAGAAGGUACAGGUGUAACUGUGAAUAGUGUCCAUCCUGGUAUAGUAGAUACAGAAAUAAUCAGACAUAUGAGUUUCUACAAUAGCUGGAUCUCGACUAUAUUUUUAAAACCUCUGAUAUGGCCUUUUAUUAAAAAUCCUCAACAAGGAGCUCAAACUAUUAUAUAUCUUGCGAUAGAUACGAGAGUGGAAAAAAUCAGUGGAAAAUAUUUUAGUAAUUAUGAAGAAGAAGAUGUCGGGGAUCAAGCGAAAGAUGAAAAUACUUCGAAAUGGUUGUGGGCCACUAGUGAAAGAUGGACUAGGUUACAUCAGACUUCAAUUUACAAAUAAAAUAUCGUAUUUAUGUUAAAGUUAUUUAUUUAGUUAUUUCACUGGUUUUUCUAUUAACAAGAUGUGUAGCUAAUUUUUUGAAAUUGAAAAUUGAAAUACUGAAACAUAUACAUGUUUAAAAAUUCACUCAAACCAAAAUAAUUAGAGCAGUGAGCUGAAAUUAGAGGGAAGCGUUUUUUAAUGUUGGAUGUUUUAGAAAAAAAUCAGGACUUUGAUAGGUCUCACAGAAUAGAAAAUAUGAGGCCACAAACUUGUUUAAUUAUUGAUGAAAAACAUAUACACGUUUAAAAAUUCACUUGGACCCAAAAUAAUUAUAGGAUUGAGCUGAAAUUACAGAAUAUGAUUGAUAUUUCUUAGAAUAAACCCAUAUACCCAAGUUUUUCCUAAGAUUGGUACACCGUGUGUAUCAAAACCAUUUUCUGAAGCUCACUCCUUAUAUUGAUUAUCAACAAAAAUAUUUUUAUGAUGUUAAAUAUAAAUAUAACCUCGAUUUACAUUUCCCAAAUAUUUUUUUCACUCCCAAAGUCUGGUAAAGUGUAAAUAAAAACUUUCAUAACUUUUACCAAUGUAUUACUUAUACUAUACACUGUAUAUCAAUAUAACUAAUUAUGUAAUCAUUUUAUAAAAAACGAAUGAUUUCUAUAAAUCACAAAUUCUGAUGCGUUCAAUUCAUUUUUAGCUUGUAAAAUAUCGUCUUUUAUAGCGUCAAUUAAUUCAUUUACUGAACCAAAUUUUUUUUCUUGUCUCAUAUAACCCAAAACCGCGACACGUAAUUCUUUAUCGUAAAAAUCACUUUCGAACUCGUGUAAAAUAUGAAUUUCCAUUGUUUUAGUUUCGUUGUUAUAAAACGGAUUCCAACCAAGGCUCAUCACCAUUUUAUAAACUUUACCCGAAUCUACAGAUGCGUAGCCGAAAUAUACGCCGGUUUUGAAAUCUUCUGGUAGAGCCUCGACCGCAUCACGAGAUAAAUUCGCUGUAGGACAUCCUAAAUCUCUUGAACCUCGUCCGAAACCUUUGAUUACUUGUCCUUUAGCGAAAUACGGUAACAUUUUUUACGUGUAAGGUAUAUUACGAAACUAAUUGUUGAAUAAAUAGUUGAAUUUACUGUUAAUUAUAAGCAUAGACAUCGGUGCGUAAAGAAUAAAAGAGGUUUUGAACUUUAUUCACAUAAAAAAUGGCUUACCUUGUACGAAAUUACGCCUGAAAGGAAAAAGAUAUCACCUCUCGGUCUGUUCUAGUUAACACUUCGAAAUAGUAUCAACAGUUUGUUUCAAAACACCAACACAAUUUAAUUACUUACUUUAAAUUUAUAAGAAAUCAUUGUACAAAAUAAUAUUAGUGAUAAACUUUCUUUCUAUAGACGAUUACUAAUCAACGACUCCUAUGGAAACCUCAACCAUCAAGACUUUUGAAUUUACCGGUGCUGCCAAACUUGAUUGACGAAAGAGAAAAAUAUUUCAACGAAGAGUAGCAUAAUGUAUUUUAUGAUAAAAAUUCAUUUCAAUUACAUUAAAAUUAGUUAACGAAGCAAUUGGAAAAUUUGCUAACUAUACAAUUUAGCCAAUAAAUAUUUUAAAUUCGGAUAAAAA